CGCCCAUCGCCUUCCAGCACCGCCCCCGCUGCGGCGGGCGAGGGGCGGGGCGGGGCGCGGCGUAUAUAAGACGAGGGGCGGGCGCCGUUCUUUUGUCUCUUGCUGCAGCGACGCGAGUGGGAGCACCAGGCGCCUGGCUCGGAGCGGAACUCCACGGAUCGCUUUAAGAAAAUGGCAGACAAGCCGGACAUGGGGGAAAUCGCCAGCUUCGAUAAGGCCAAGCUGAAGAAAACGGAGACGCAGGAGAAGAACACCCUGCCGACCAAAGAGACCAUUGAGCAGGAGAAGCGGAGUGAAAUUUCCUAAGAACCUAGAGGAUUCCCCACCCCCGUCAUCUUCGAGACACCCCAGUCGUGAUGUGGAGGAAGAAGAGCCACCUGCAAGAUGGACACGAGCGACAAGCUGCACUGUGAACCCGGGCACUCCGUGCCGACGCCACCGGCCUGCGGGUCUCUGAGGGGACCCCCCCCAAUCGGACUGCCAAAUUCUCCGGUUUGCCCUGGGAUAUUAUAGCAAAUUAUUUGUAUGUUUAAUGAAAAUAAAACACACCUCGUGGCAUGGC